AUGUCUUGGAACGACUACAUCUCCCAUUAUCUCCUCUCUGAAGGGAAGUGCUAUGCUGGGGCUUUGGGCAACUCCUCUGAUUAUAAACUUUUCGCUGCUCAGGGUGCGAGCUCUGAGGAGGAAGGUUGGGCAGCGACAUUUUCUGAGGACUUCGUCGCUGAGGUGCUUGUUGAUGAAGUCACUGAGCAAACCGAGAAAGUCACUAUCAAUGAGGCAACUACUCUUCGAGAGGCAAUGGAGACUGGAACCACAUCGCAUGGUUUGUUCAUUGGUGGCCAGAAGUAUCGGAUUGUUAAGUACGAGACUGAUUUUGACUGUGCCGGCCAGGAAGUUAUUUGCCUGUUCGGCGCCCUUGGCAAGAAGGGCGUUUGUGUGAUCAACACAGGGACGAUGCUUGUUAUGGGUAUGUAUGAUGAGGAGCUCGGUCAGACUGGUGGUAAUUGUAAAAGUGCAUGUGCUGCCUUUGCCGAGUUCUUGCUCCAGAACAUGUAA